CUAUCCUGGCGAGUAACUAAUCGAUGCUUCAUAAUCUGUCGACACCUGUCGACCAGGUGCACGCCUGUCCACGCGUGCAUCCAAGUUCAGGUCCUUCAGGGAGAGGUUUCUUCGCACUCCGAAAUCUUUAGAAUAUCAGGUCCUUCUUUGAUCGGAUACGCGCAGGAAUAGGGACUAAUAUGGAUGGCUCGCCGCAUGAGUAUAUAAGGCCAGCGCACAGUGUAGUUCUGGCUUUGCUUAUAUUGGCGCGAUUUCUGCUAACACUCACGCAUUUGUCGGGGAUCGAGAAAGUUCCUGGACCUAAUUACCCUUCCUGGCUCACAGGCAACUUCAAACAGGUGUUCAAUCCCAGCGCUUGGGGGUUUCACGAAUUCCUAGCCAAGAAAUAUGGUAGUAUCGUACGCCUACAAGGCCCCUACGGGACAAAGGCGCUUUACAUAUUCGACGCCAAAGCAAUGCAUACAGUGCUAGUCAAGGACCAGGAUGUUUUUGAAGAGAAUGAGGGCUUCAUACAGAGCAACCUCUUGAUCUUUGGAGACGGGCUACUAGGUGCACUAGGAGACCGUCAUCGCAAACAACGCAAGAUGCUCAAUCCUGUCUUUUCCGCCGCCCAUAUGCGAGAAAUGACACCGACUUUUUUUGACGUUACCCAUAAGCUGGAAAGGGCACUCAAGGACCGAUUACAAAAAGGACCUUCGAUCCAAGAGGUCGAUAUCCUUUCAUGGAUGGGUCGCACUGCUCUGGAAAUAAUCGGACAAGCAGGUUUAGGCUAUUCCUUUGAUCCUCUAACAGAUGAAGAGUCUUCCCAUCCUUAUAGCAAGAUGAUCAAAGAGUUACUUCCUACUCUAAUGCGCGUGCAGUUUUGGCGCUUGAACGUGCUUCCCUACGUCUCCUGGAUCGGCACUGCCAAAUUCCGUCGUUUUGUGGUCAACCUGUUGCCUUGGAAGGACCUCCAUCACCUUCGUGAUAUGGUUGACUACAUGCACAAUGUAGCGGAAGAAAUUUAUGAAAACAAGAGGCGUGCGUUUGAAAUGGGUGACGAGGCCGUUGACCAGCAGAUAGGAAGAGGGAAGGAUCUUAUCAGCAUUCUCAUGAGGGAAAACAUGAAGGCUUCUACUGAAGAUCGCUUGCAGGAUAUUGAAGUUAUAGGCCAGAUGAAUACACUAAUUUUUGCUGCGAUGGACACUACUUCAAGCGCUAUGUCCCGCUUGCUUCAUAUUCUUUCUAAGCAUCCCGAUGUACAAGACAGACUGAGAAGAGAACUCCUUGAGAUAAAACGCCAGAAAAACGGGCAAGAUCUUUCCUAUGACGAACUAAAUAGUUUGCCAUAUCUCGAUGCCAUCUGUCGAGAAACUCUUCGUCUAUAUUCUCCUGCUUCAAGUAUUGUCCGGGUUGCACGUCAAGACGCAGUCAUACAUUUACAUAAACCAAUUCACGAUUCGAACGGCAUCGAGAUGCAUGAAGUGGCUGUACCCCGCGGUACAACAAUAUUCGUGUCUAUCUUCAAUGCGAACAGAAAUCCAGAUCUAUGGGAUGCGGGUGAAUGGAGGCCAGAAAGGUGGCUCGCACCAUUACCAGAAUCUCUGAUCAACGCGCGGAUCCCGGGAGUUUACUCUCAUCUAAUGACCUUUAUUGGAGGUGGACGGUCCUGCAUCGGCUUCAAGUUCUCGCAAUUAGAAAUGAAGGUUGUCAUAUCUAUCUUGGUGGAAAGUUUCAAAUUCUCCCCUUCAGACAAAGAAGCCGAAGUCUUCUGGCAAAUGAAUGGUGCAACAGCACCUGUUGUUGGAAAAGACAACCAUCCUCGAUUACCCAUUAAUAUCACUUCAGUGAGCUGAUCGCCCCAUAAGGUAGACCUCACUGAUCAUUCCAGACUUCGGCAAUGGCGUGGAUAUGUAGACCAACAUGAGCGAGUUAGGACAGGACUUCUACAUAGGAUAGGUAGAUUUCUGCCUGCAUAGUAUACCUGGAUCAAUCGAGGAGGGAACAAUUUCUAAUGAAAGUCUUUUAUCGAAUCGAGUGAAUCUACAUUUUUGACCGUAGGGACACCGAUAUGCCUCUCAAAUAUGAAAGAAUCAUGUUGAGAACGAGAACGUUAAUG